AUGGGCUACGGGGGCGGCAUUUCGGAGGCGCCGCUGUGCGAGAGCGGCGAGGCGGAGCUUUGCAAAGGAGGCUUCGCGGGAUACCCCCGCUACGAGCUCGGCUACAGAGCGCCCCACGCCUACGUCAACCACAACUACCAGCACGAGCCAGCGUCCCCUGCACCCGAGCUUGGGGGUCUCCUGGGUGCAGGCGUCUCCGUACCAUUGGCCGUUCCAGGUCACGACGCGCAGUACUGGUCGCGCCUACAG